AUGAAAGGUCCCUGGCCCGCACAAUGGCUCUGUCAAUCUAUCGCCCAUCUGCUUUUAGUCCUCGAGCCAAUGAAUUUGAAUCUCUGUAUCUUCUCAGUUAUUCUCCUCGGCAUUCUGUAUGUCUUCUUCGAGGCCUUCUCCCUGAUGUAUUCAAACAUCUACAAUCUUAGUUCGUAG